AUGGCUUUAAAGUUGGUUCUUGUUUUUGUUGUGAUGAGUGCUCUUAUUUUCACUUCUUCCACUGCAAGAAACCUUGGUGUUUCUGACGAAAAGCAGAUUGUAGUUCCUCCAGUUUUUGGUGGAGAUAUUGGUGUAGAUAUUGGUGGAGGAGGAGGAGGAGCUAAUGGAGGAUUUGGUAUAAGUAUUGGUGGUGGUGGAGCAGGAGCUAAUGGAGGAAUUGGUAUAGAUACUGGUGGAGGAAAUGGAGGAUUUGCUAUCAGCUGGGGUACCGAUGCCGAUGCCGACGCCGACGCCAACGCCCCCACCGACAGUGCCCUCACCAACGCCAACGCCGCCUCCGACAGUGCCCUCACCGACUCCACCUUCUGCACCAAUUCCGCCUCCGAGAGUGCCCUCACCGACACCACCUUCCGCACCAAUUCCGCCUCCGAGAGUGCCCUCACCGACACCACCUUCCACGCCAAUUCCGCCGUCAAUUACCGGAUCAGUUAUGCACCUUUCGUCACUGACAGAACCGCCCACCGAGCCGCCAAGGUUCCGGCUGGCGGCGUUGGCGGUGCAAACAAGAAUGCUCAGAACAAAAACCAUAACUAA